AAGCUAAACUUCACAUUGCAAAACCCUGAGUUACGAAACCUUACCGUUAUUUUGACGUUCAACGUCUAUUUUUGUUGGGAAAAUUGGAUUUUCGUCGCCUAAUGUUAUCCCACUACAAGGGCCAUCUAUUCACCCUCACCACUCUAUCCAUUUACGCUCGGAUCAGCGUCCCAGAAGUGAAGAUAUGAUGCCCUGUUCGCAGCACCACCCCUCCUUCCACCCCAACCUCCGCCUUUGCCACCGCCACAACCACCGCAUGAACUUUAUUUCCUCAACCGGCCUCCACACCUCUUCCUGUUAUACCAUUACUAUCUCCUCCUCCCUCCAUCAUCAACAUCACCAACCUCCUCAAAGCCAGGCCACCACCAGCACCUCCUCCCCUACCAAUGAACCAAUCCUCCGGACCCACAAUUCCAAGUCCAGCAUUCCCCUCCUCCACCACCUAAAACAAAGAAGCCAACUUCAAAACGCAAUACAAGAAGAAAAAUUGCAGGAUGCUAUUUCACCAGAAGAGAAAGUGAAGCUUUUGGAAAUGACCCUCGUCACCAAGAAGCGAAUCCCGCAAUUCCCAGGUUCAAUUUUCCCUCAGUUACCCACUGAAACCAACUCUCCUUUGCAAACCCUUUUCCAGAAAGGAAGCGAAGAAAGUGAAUACAACAAUGGAAGGGAAGAUGAAAUGAUAAUGAAGGCGCUUGAAAUACGGAGAAAAGUGACUGCGGAGAUUUUCAAGGAAGCUAUGAGGAGGAAAGGCAAGUUCGGAAUAACAUAUUCGACCAAUUUGGUUAAUAGAUUGAGUGAUUUUAUCGAUUUUAUUAUGAUUGAGGCUGCGAAAUUGAAGAGGUUGCCUGAAUUUGAGUCUUCGAGUUUCAAUGUUAGAGCUAAGACUGCUAUUGAGGACUUGAAUGUUGUUCCACUUAUCAGGUGGCUGAAACACAAUGGGUUGCCAUAUCCUAAGAUUGCUAAGCUCAUAUGCUUGUCAAGAGGAAAUCUAGAGUCCAUCACACGCCUGGCUGAGUGGUUGAAAUCAAUUCAUGUCAAGGGAGAGUUUAUCGGGGUUGUGCUAACAAAAGCAGGGGAUAACAUUUUAGAACACAGUAUUAAAGAACUAGAUGAAACUGUUGAGUAUCUAGAGAGCAAUGGAGUGAGGAGGGAUUGGAUGGGCUACAUAAUGACUCGGUGCCCUCAAUUAUUGUCCUAUAGCAUGGAAGAAGUGAGAACUCGAGUCCAGUUCUACUUGGAUUUGGGUAUGAAUGAGAAGGAUUUUGGAACAAUGGUCUUUGAUUAUCCUAGGGUACUUGGCUAUUUUACCCUUGAAGAGAUGAAUCAAAAGGUUAAUUAUCUGAAGGAGUUUGGGCUCAGUACUGAAGAUGUUGGGAAAUUACUAGCAUUUAAGCCACAGUUGAUGGCUUGCAGCAUUGAGGAAAGAUGGAAGCCACUUGUUAAGUAUUUAUACUACCUUGGAAUCUCUCGAGAUGGUAUGAGGAGAAUGCUUACAAUUAAACCAAUAGUUUUCUGCAUUGAUUUGGAAGAGACUAUAGUGCCAAAGGUGCGGUUUUUUAAGGACAUAGGUGUUAGAGACGACGCUAUUGGCAAAAUGCUUGUUAAAUUUCCACCAUUGCUAACAUACAGCCUCUACAAGAAAAUCCGGCCAGUGGUCAUAUUCUUGAUGACAAAAGCUGGUGUUAGUGAGAGAAACAUUGGGAAGGUGAUAGCUCUGGGACCGGAGCUCUUGGGAUGCAGCAUAGCACAUAAGCUUGAUACGAGUGUGAAAUAUUUGCUGUCACUGGGCAUACGCCAUAAUCAAUUGGGUGAGAUGAUUGCUGAUUUUCCCAUGUUACUACGUUACAACAUAGACCUCCUCCGUCCCAAGUAUCGAUACUUGAGGCGAACCAUGGUCCGCCCUUUGCAGGAUCUCAUUGAGUUUCCAAGGUUCUUCAGCUAUUCUCUAGAUGAACGGAUAAUUCCAAGGCACAAAGUUCUCCUGGAGAAUCGAAUCAAUUUUAAACUACGUUACAUGUUAGCUACAAGUGAUGAAGAAUUUCAAAAUUUGGUUGAGAAUGCUGUUGAAAGGCGCCGUAGAUUUGAAUCUGGAGUAAUGAAUGUUACUCUCUCCAAGUCUCUUGUAGCUGAUAACUCAUCAGAAGAGAGGAAAGCGUUUGAACACGGUGAGAUGGUUGAUGUUCAAACUAAUUCUCAGGUAACCGAUGACCCUUCAGACCCUUCAGAUGAGGAAGAAAUUAGUUAUUUUUCCGAUACUUGAACAAUUGAUACAUUAACAUUGAUAACAAAAUUAAAUUAUUUGAAAGAAGGAUUCUGAAAGCUGUUGCAGCUCAGAAAAACUUAAGCUGCUCCCUGUUUAUACAUUACAUGUAAAAGAAUAGCUACUAAACAUUAGAAAAGGAGGUCUGCGUGCUGUAAAUGGUUUAAUUUCCACUAAAUCUCAAACCCAAACUUGUUAAGCUUUCA